AGUCAUGUAUAAUUUACCCACAUGGGAUGAAAGAAGCCAUAAACACAGGAUUAUAUAAAGAAUAACGCAAGAAAUAAACAGUGACUUUACUUCAUUCUCUUUGCUGGUCACGGUGAAUUUGUUCAGGACAGUCCUCUCCAUUUUGAUAACAAAGAAGAGCAUUUCUCAAGGAAUGUGACAACUGGAAUAAUAAUAAUACAAAACACAAUUCUUAUAUAAGCAUCGUCACCUGCUCACCAUGUCUGACUUUUCCAAUGGAUCACAAAAUGUUUCCACGCACAAACCAUCGAAUACGAAUGGAGAUCUUGAGACAUAUUCUAUUGUUGCCUGUUUUGCUGCAAUAUUGUGUCUGUGUGGGCUAAUAGGGAAUGCCGUAGUCACCUGGGUUCUUUUAAUUCAGAUAAAACUAAACAAAUACACAGUGUACAUUCUUAACCUUGCCAUUGCAGAUUUUAUCUACCUUUUAUUUGUCGCUAUUGUGAUGAUUUUAAUGGUUGAUCAAAUGCUAAACUCAAGAUCCCCCACAGAACUUACACUGUCGGCCUUGGAAAUAGUAUAUGAUUUGGCUUACACAGCCGGGAUGUUUUUUUUGACAGCUAUAAGUCUUGAGAGAUGCCUCUCUGUCCUAUUCCCCAUAUGGUACAAAUGUCGCAGACCGAAACAUUUGUCAUCCAUAACUUGCUUGUUAAUCUGGCUGCUUAGUAUCAUCUUGUCGCUUGUUGAUAAUUUAAUCUGUCCUGCGCCAUCCUUUAUGAGAGGCACACAUGAAUGCACAGUCAUUCAAAUAUUCACAUCUGUUUUGACAUUCGCUAUCAUUCUUCCUUUGAUGCUUUUGUCUAGUUUCACUCUAAUCUAUGUGAUUAAGACCACAUCCAAAAAAUCACGCCCGCCAAAAAUCUACAUGGCUAUCAUAGUUACAGUCUUGGUUUUCCUAAUUUCAAUUAUACCCAUCAGAUUGCUGUGGGUAAACCUUUAUUUUAAAGUACUCUCAGCUAAUGCGUACUAUGUUGGUUUGUUCUUUGCCAGCAUAUAUUGUACCGUGUUCAACAGUAGUGCAAAUCCUUUCAUUUACUUCUUUGUGGGAAGACAGAAGAAGAAGAAAUUUGGGGGUUCUGUUAAUGAAGCUCUGAGUAGGGUGUUUAAAGAAGAUGAUACUGAGCAUUCAAAUGGUUCCUACGGAACUACAAGCAUUUCAAGCGUAGGCUAAGCCUAGGCUAAGAUUUUUUUGCCAGUUUUAUAUUUUUUAAGUGCUUGAUUUAAUUAGUUUGAAUUAGAAAUUAUUCCAUUCUGUUAGAAAAAAAAACCUUAAAGAUCAUAAUAAUGUUAAUAUUUCAUGUAGUAAAACCACCGUAUACCAACUGUCCUUUGGAUAAAAACCGUAAUUAAAAAGCAGGCCAUCUAUACAUAUGCUCAAAACAGCAGGCACUUAUGUCUUAUGCAAUAUGUUUAGAAAUAUUAUACUGCCUCACAAGAAUGGAGUGAACAGACUUAGAGGAUUACCCUAAGCACAAUUACCAUGUCAGUGUUUUGAAGUGGUCAUGAUACAAGAAGUCUGUAUGUGCGGCAUUCCAGAAUUUUCUUUUUUUUUUUGCUGCC